AAAAGCAAAAAAAUACAAUAGAUAAAAAAAUAUGGCGUUUGGCAACAGUUGCAGUAUUUCUGUAUUUUAUUUUGUAAAUUUAGUUUUUCAGCUGGCAUCGAAUUUCUGUCCAGUUUAUUACUUAUCGUGACUAAAUAUAAACACUUAUAUACAAGAUCAUAUUUGUGUUUCCCAAUGUACUAUGAUCUUAAAGCCGUAACCUAUAAAGCAACUGUUUUCGUUUACAAAAGCUGGAAUAAGAAUAUUUUUACUUAAUUUUGGCACAAUAUACCGCAAAACAAAAACCACGGCGUCGAAAAAACCGGAAGAAUCUACCCAUACAGAAGCAGACAACCGAUUUAAGAUGCCUGCAGCAAGUUUUGGCUCUCUGGCCCAAUUACCGGCUAACGGAGACUGUGGCAUUAAAGAUGUUUGGAAUCAUAACCUUCAUGAAGAGUUCCAAAUUAUUAGACAGUUUGUUCCCCAGGUUGUUCAAAAAUAUCAUUGGGUGGCAAUGGAUACUGAAUUUCCUGGAGUGGUUGCUCGGCCUAUUGGAGAAUUCAGAUCAACUGCAGAUUAUCAAUAUCAACUCUUGAGAUGUAAUGUAGAUCUGUUGAGGAUAAUCCAAUUGGGUCUUACUUUUAUGGAUGAAAAUGGAAAAACUCCCCCUGGUUACACCACUUGGCAGUUCAAUUUCAAAUUCAACCUGCAGGAAGAUAUGUAUGCACAAGAUUCCAUUGAUUUACUACAAAACUCGGGACUGCAGUUUCGAAAACAUGAAGAAGAUGGCAUUGAACCACUUGAGUUUGCAGAAUUACUCAUGUCGUCUGGACUUGUGCUCAUGGACAAUAUAAAGUGGCUAAGUUUCCAUUCUGGAUAUGACUUUGGAUACUUAUUGAAACUCCUGACUGACCAAAACCUACCCCAGGAUGAGAAUGACUUUUUUGAAAGUUUAAGGUUAUAUUUUCCUACAGUAUAUGAUGUGAAAUACUUGAUGAAACUUUGCAAGAACCUGAAAGGAGGACUUCAAGAGGUGGCAGAUCAGCUUGAACUAAGACGAGUGGGUCCACAACACCAAGCAGGCUCUGACUCUCAUCUCACAGGAAUGGCAUUUUUCAAAAUAAAAGAAAUAUUUUUUGAUGACAACAUUGAAAGCUCGAGUGGCCACCUGUAUGGACUCGGGGCACCAUUUUCAGUAAAUGUCAACAAUUUCCAAGACAAUGGUGAGAAUGGUAACUCUUCUUGAUGCGCGGAAUUUAUUUUUAUGGUCAAACUCACGCUGAAGCCAUGUCUCUUCCAGUGGUUAGGCAUGUGGAAAAAGUGUCAUAAAAUAAAGUGCUGUGUACAUAUUUGAACCAUGUUUGUGAACUAUUUUUCUUUAUUAUAAAUUUAUUUUAAAAUCAUUUUGUAAAGACAAAUCAGAAUGUGACAAAAAUUAUUUCAUUUUAGUACAUACAUAAUCAAGAAUUUAUUUUAUCAUUAUAAUUUGCAUGCAAUAAAAGAAACUUUCUCAUAAUAUGCUGUAAACUUGAAAAGGUGACCAAUAUAUAUUUUUAUUAUAGGAUUUAAAAAGUUUAUUUGAUACUUAAAAUAAUAUUUGUCAGUUUUUCAAGUGAAACAAAUUGAUCAAUUAUUUGUACAUGUGUUUUAUACAAAUAGACAUAAGGACAUGUAUUUUUUGUCUAAGCCCUUUUUUCUUUUGUUA